AUGACGGAGCCCUCCGAGCAAGCGGCUCGCCUACGAGGGGGCGGCACCGGCAUUGAUGCGCCCAAGCCGCCGGAUGCUCGGAAGAAGGACCCUAAGAGUAAGAAGAAGGAUCUGAAGGAGGUGAAAGAGUCUUGGGGCAAAGUCGAUGAGCUCGAUGACCGACAGAAGCACGACAUGGCAGUACUGGGUAAGCAAACAGAUGCACUCCGCAAUGCCAGGGAGCCCAAAAAGAAACGCCGAUCUGAGAGAGAGAGCCUGGAUCCGUCGAUUCGCGAGAUCCUGGAGAAGUACUGUGAGUUUUCCGCGGAGCAGGGUCACUCGAAUGUGUCUUUGCAGAUGCAGCAAGCACUCAAAGAGCUUGCAAGGCAGCUGCAAGCGACAGCGGAACGCGCCGAGAGUGCCGAGGAGACGUUGUCCUCUUUGCAGGCCCAGUUGGAGGAGCAAUCCUCAGCCAACAAGCAGCUGGACAAAGAGAGGCUCUCGGCGCUUCAGAAAGUCGAAGAGCUCCAGCUGCAGGCCCUGGAGCUCCAGAGCCAAGUCGAGUGCCGCGAAAAAGAGCGCCGCCAGGAGGAGGGCGCUCGAGAGGAGCGCGGGAAAGCGAGCGAGAAAGCGGCGACUCAGGUGGCACGGCUGGAGGCGCUGCUGAAGGAGGCCAUCCUGCGCGGCGCAAAGCUGAGCCGUGCUGCCGCCGAGGCCGAGGCUGCUCAGAACGAGACGGAGCGGCAAAAGCAGAGCUUGGAAAAGACUUUGGAGAGAGAGCGGCGAAAACGGGAGCGGGGAGCACAGCAGCGACGACUCCUCGAGACCGAGCUGCAAGGCUGCGAGCGGCGCUGCUCAGCGGCCGAAGGGAGGCUUUUGGAGUACCUCCAGGCGGCCUCCGAAGGCGCAGAGAAAGUGGUCGAAGCACACAUGCAGCACUUGGCCUUGGCCGGCACCAGUCUGGCAGCCAAGGUGGACGAACAGGCUGAGAUCAUCCAGGUGCUCCGCAGCCUGCUACAGGACCACAAGGACUUCAUCCGCCAGCAGUUGGGCUCGGAGCUUUCACUGCCCUCCUUCCCGGAGCCGGCAGAGUCGGAAGCCGGUGGGUGA